UUUGUGGUGAAGAUGAUGACAGGUUUUGGAACUGUCAGAAUUUCAGAUUCAGAGGUUAUGUUUGGUUUGUUUCAUGUUUGCUAUGUUUAAAGAAGAAGUUAACCUUACCUUUGGGUUUAAUGCACUGUGAUUAACACACACUGUCAAGUGCGAAUAACACAAGAAUUAUUCUGUGUUUGGAGGUUGAUGAGUUGGUAACCAUAAUAUUGGGAUAUUUCAUAACUAAUGUGCACUGUGCAGUCGUAUGUAAAAUAUAGUGUAUGUUAGUAUUGACCAUUAAGAAUGAAACGUCGAGUUGUUGUUACAGGCAUAGGAAUGAUAUCUCCUUUAGGUAAGAAUACGCAACAAUCUUGGGAAAGCCUACUAUCAGGGAAAAGUGCAGUAACAGUUGUUGAAGGAGAUGAAUACAUACAAAUUCCAUGUAAAGUUGCUGCAGCUGUAAGUGAUGAUGUGCUAAAUAAAGAAUUUAAUCAUUAUUUUACUAUGAGAGAUUUUAGGAGUAUGUCUCGUGCAACAAUUAUGGGAAUUAUCGCAGCCGAAGAAGCCUUAGCUGAUUCACAGUGGAAGCCUACAACAAAGAAAGGUCUAGAAUCAACAGGCGUGUGUGUAGGAAUGGGAAUGUCAGAUAUUGCACAUAUCUCUGAAAUGAGUAAUGCACUAAAGCUUGGAUAUAAUAGUGUGACACCAUUCUUUGUGCCCAGAAUUUUAACAAAUAUGACUGCAGGACAAAUUAGUAUAAAGUAUGGUUUCCAGGGUCCCAAUCAUUCAGUUUCUACAGCUUGCGCAACUGGUGCACAUUCAAUUGGUGACGCUUUCAGACUCAUUCAAAAUGAGUAUGCAGAUGUAAUGGUUUGCGGAGGUGCAGAGGCAAGUAUAAAUCCACUGUCUAUUGCUGGCUUCAGUAGGAUGCGAGCCCUUAGUACAGACUAUAAACAUAAGCCACUAGAAUCUUCAAGACCUUUUGAUGUUGGGAGGGAUGGCUUUGUGAUGGGCGAGGGUGCUUCAAUCAUGAUUUUAGAAGAAUUAAAUCAUGCACUAUCCCGUAACGUAAAGAUUUAUGCAGAAGUGAUCGGAUAUGGAAUGUCAGGGGAUGCAUCACAUCUAACCGCACCUCAUGAAGAUGGCAGAGGUGCAAUAUUGGCAAUGGAAAGGGCAAUCAAAGAUUCAAAUCUUAGUUUGAAAGACAUAUCUUAUAUUAAUGCUCAUGCAACUUCUACUGUAUUAGGAGAUGCUAUUGAAUUAAAAGCAAUUAGAACUCUGUUUAAGGACCACUGUAAAAAUAUUGCCAUCUCCUCAACUAAAGGGGCCACAGGUCAUCUAUUAGGAGCAGCAGGAAACUUAGAAGCUUGUUUUACAGCUUUAGCUUGUUUUUCGAGGGAGAUCCCACCCACAAUUAACUUGCAAAGUGUUUGUGAAGAAGGUAAAGGGCUUAAUAUUGUUGCAAACCAUAAACAAGUUUGGGGAAAAGCAAAAAGGAUAGCCUUAAAAAAUUCAUUUGGUUUUGGGGGAACAAAUGCUUGUUUAUGUCUUUCAAGCUUUUAAAAAUUUUAGAAGGAAUUUAGUUUUAAAAGUAUAAACAUAUUCGAAGACUAUUCUUGUUUUAUAAUCUCUUCUUUUGUCUUAUGAUUAGGCCUAUCUUAAGAUGUUAUCAGAGACAUUAGGCCCCUCAUCUCAUGUUACAAUGACCUGUUAAGGAUUUCAAAAUAAAUAGAAC